AAACGAUAAAACGAAAAUCGACGACGAGAUACAGAUUCUACUCGAAACCGGCGCGCGUAUUUUUGAAUGAAUCAUACUCCGAUAUUGCCGAACGAAACACUAGACGAGAAGCAAUAGAUUUUUAGAGUAACUGCGUUUACACGAGUGACUUUUUAGUCUGUCGGAUUAUCAGUGCGUUAUUUUUUUUUUUAAUUUUUACUAAAUCAGUAUUGUGCAUUAUCACAUGGCUGGAGUAUUUUCCAUUGAAGGAUCGCUUGAAGCAAAAGCUUGCUGCGCAAAAAUCAUCCUAAUCCUUCUUGUAACAUUUGCAUCGACUUUCGCUGCUCCACAAGGCGGAUCUGAUCUCCGGACGAACCCCUGUUCCAAUCACGCGGUACGACACGUAAGAAGUACCGCCGAAAAAGAGCUAAAAUUUUUCAUCAACACCCUAAACCGUACCACUCAUAGGCUAAGACGCUUAUAUUCUGACCAACAUUCAAAGAUAAAUUUCAAGAGAGUCAAAGCCACUUGCCCUAGACUUAACAAACUGAUCAAUCCCGUCGCAAAAGCAACCGAUAUAAUUGUCGCUCAUCAACAAUUCCAUUUCUCAAUGAUCCAACUCGCCGAAUUCCUAGACAAAUUGCACGCCAUCCCGAUCAGAACCAACACCCAGUUCGAUUUCGCGGAACGCGACAACAUCUUCAAAGAAACGAAAAACUACUUGAGACUGGCCAUUUGCGAGUUCAACGAAACGAUCAUGACCGAAUUCAAAAUUCAACCGAACACUAACAAAGCGCCGAGAGUGAAAGCGAAGUGUUUGCCCAGAGAAGCUGGACUAACGCAAAUCAAAAUGUUGGAUUUGCAAUUUUUCAAGCAGCUGAAGAAGUUUAUCAAGAAGGGUAGGAAGAAGUUGAACAGUUUGAAGAAGAAACAUAAAAGCCAGCAACUGGUUAGGGAGGAUGCUGCACGGACUAAAAGUUAAUAAAUUAUUAUAGUGAAUUAGGUGACGCAAUUAUUAAUUUAUUUUACGUAUAUAAGAUCUCCAUAGUUGCCCAGUGUUAGAAGGAAAUCAUUUAUUAAUUUUUUGACUCGUAAAAAUCCAUUUUUUAAAUCGAAUAUUUUUUUUUUUUUAACGAAAAAUGGACAAAGUGACUGCAUUUUAUAUAUAGAUUUUUAGACUUUUUGUAUGAUUUUACUUACUUAAUUUAUUACAUUUUCUGACUGUGAUAUACUUUACUUAUUAUUGUAUUUAUUAUUUAAUUUUUUUGCCUGAUUGUUUAAUAAUUAAAUACAUAUUAUAUCAAAAUAAAAUUUUGUAUAUAUUAUGUGAAUAUUUAAUUUGUGACGAUAUUAAUUGCUGCAUAUUGAACGGGGUUCGUCCAAAUUAACUAAAAUGUUCUCUCUAUUAGCAAGUUUUUGCGCAAAAAGUUGUCAUUCCAGUAUCAAAGCUUUAUAUGAGGACUAAAUAAUUUUUUUAAAUAUUCGAAUACAUUUAUUUAGUCCAUCAGAUGUGCCUUAAUUAGUAUUAUUUGUAAAUUAUAUGCACCAACAAGAAGAUAUUUUAGACCAAAUUUACCCUUUAGAUUUAGUAUAAUAUAAAGUGAUAAAUUUCGGCCUUAAUAAAAUCUAGUUUUUAGUAUUUUUGUAUCUUCUUGUGGACUAAUGUAUUAUAUUUUGUGAUAUAUUAUUAGUGUGUAGUAUUUAUUAAUUAUUUAUUUUUUUUACAUUUUAAAGCCCGUUUUUGUCAAAAAAUUGUGAUUCGAAUAACAUUUUAAUGAAUUUUAACCCCUUUUUGUAGUUUGUACUUGAAUGUUUCGUAUUGUGACAAAAUUAUUUUAAUUUUUAGCAGUUUGAGGAUAUGUUUUCUUAAUUAUAUUUUAAACUGGUUUUAAAUAUAUAUUUUAAGUUAAUUUGUUUCUUUUUGUUUUGUUAGAUAAUUUCUGCAACUGCUUUUUGUAUUAUAAGUUUUAUCAGUAUUAUAUUAAACCAAUGUGUGUUUGUUUUGUGACAAUAUGAACAUUUUUGUAUACGGAUAUUUUUUGUAAAAUACUUUUGUAAAUAAACAGAU